AUGCUGGAUUCAAUCAAAUGUGUUCUUGUGGGAGACUCUGCUGUGGGGAAAACAUCUCUCUUGGUACGUUUCACCUCCGAGACUUUUCCAGAUGACUACAGACCAACUGUAUAUGAAAAUACUGGAGUGGACGUCUUCAUGGAUGGUGUACAGAUUAGCCUAGGUCUCUGGGACACAUCUGGCAGCGAUGCCUUCAAAGGCAUUCGCCCCCUCUCAUACCAACAGGCAGAUGUUGUAUUAAUGUGCUACUCGGUGGCAAACCACAAUUCCUUUCUGAACCUGAGAAACAAAUGGAUUGGUGAGAUCCGCAGCCACUUGCCCCGCAUCCCCGUUUUGGUAGUGGCUACUCAGACUGACCAGCGCGACGUGGGGCCCUACCGUUCCUCCUGCAUCAGCUCGAUAGAUGGGAAGCGGCUGGCCCAGGACGUGCGCGCCAAAGGCUAUUUGGAGUGCUCUGCCCUCAGCAACCGAGGGGUGCAGCAGGUGUUUGAGUACGCCGUGCGGACAGCAGUCAAUCAAGCCAAGCGGCAGAAUAGGCGGAAGCUGUUCUCCAUUAAUGAGUGUAAGAUCUUUUGA